UGUCCGCUUCGAUUGGUUUCAAUUUUUUAAUUUGAUUUUUGUCGUCUACAAACCACACUUUAUUUUUUCAUUGUCCCUCCUCCCCCAUCUCUCCAACCCAAUUUAAUCAAUCUUCAAACUGUCGAAUAGUCAGGGCAAAAAGAUGACUGUAGAUCCAGAAAGCGACUUUGAGUACGACGAUUACCAGGAAGAUUCUGGUAGCGAUUUCGAAGAUUAUACACCUACUCCAAAGAAAGCACGCAAAAGCCCAGCACCAGCAAAAACGAAAGAACCAGCCAGCACUUCUACUGCAAAAUCAUCUGUCAAGAAAACUCCAGCAAAGAAAGCUGUGUCUGCUCAAAAUACGAAAGCAACCCAUAUUGACAGUUUCUUCUCAAAAGCAUCGGCUGCUUCAUUAGCGCCUUCUUCCUCUCAAGUUUCUGCAUCAUCACAGUCGUCAUCACCCGUGACCUCAAAAAAGACAGCAACGUCCGUGGAUGCUGACGGUGAUAUAGAAAUGGAACCUGCAAGCAAGCCUGCUAGUAAAACCACAAAGAAAAUGGGCUAUGAUGAAAAUAAAACGAUUGAAGAGAUCUAUCAGAAAAAGACACAGCUCGAACAUAUUUUACUGAGACCCGAUACAUAUAUUGGAUCGAUUGAAACAGAGGAGCAGGAAAUGUUUGUCUAUGAUACAGAGGCGGAUAUGAUCAAAAAGAAGAAAAUCCGUUAUGUUCCUGGACUGUACAAAAUUGUGGAUGAAAUCCUUGUCAACGCAGCAGAUAACAAGAUCCGUGAUCCAUCCAUGACGUGGAUCAAAGUCCAGAUCAACAGAGAAGAAAACUUUAUUUCUAUCCAGAAUAACGGUCGCGGUAUUCCAAUUACAAUGCACAAGGAAGAACAAGUGUAUGUCCCAGAACUUAUUUUUGGCCAUUUGCUCACUUCCUCCAAUUAUGAUGACAAUGAGAAAAAGGUGACAGGUGGACGUAACGGUUACGGUGCAAAGCUAUGUAACAUUUUCAGUACGGAAUUUACAGUCGAAACAGCCGACAAGGAGCGCCAAAAGAAAUACAAGCAGGUGUUUAAAGACAAUAUGUCAGUUAUCGGCAAACCGCAUAUUACAGCGAACAGCCGAGGCGAGGAGUACACACGUAUCUCUUUUAAACCAGAUCUUGCCAAGUUUCACUUGACAGAAAUGGACGCUGAUUUUGAAGCUUUGAUUAAAAAACGUGUUUAUGAUUUGGCAGGGUGUGUCAAGGACGUAAGUGUUUAUCUGAAUGGCACCAAAAUCACAAUCAAGACCUUUGGUAAAUACUGUGAACUCUACACCAAGGCCUUGGACUUCCGGAACGCCGAAAACAAAAAACCCAUCAUCAGUGAUACAGCUAGUGCUUCUGAUCGUUGGGAGGUGCAUUUUGGUGUUUCAGAUGGUCAGUUUAACCAAAUCAGUUUUGUCAACAGUAUAUGCACUGCCAAGGGCGGUAUGCACGUCAACCAUGUGGUGGAUCAGAUUAUCAAAGCUAUUCUUCCAGAAGUACAAAAGAAAACAAACAACAAAAAUGUCAAACCUUUCCAGGUCAAGAAUCAUAUGAACCUGUUUGUCAACUGUCUGAUUGAAAACCCCUCCUUCGACUCUCAAACCAAAGAAAACAUGACGUUGCGUGCUAGCGCGUUCGGUUCAAAGUACGAGCCGAGCGAAAAGUUUAUCAAGGCUAUUUUGCAGUCGGGUAUCAUUGACAAUAUCAUACGAUGGGUCAAGUUUAAAGAAGAUGAACAAAUGUCAAAGGCCGAUAGUGGCAAAAUGUCCCGUCGCCUCAACAUUCCUAAAUUGGAAGAUGCUCACUUGGCGGGUGUGAAGCCCCACAACAAAGAUUGUACGUUGAUUUUGACCGAAGGUGACUCAGCCAAAAGUUUGGUCCUGAGCGGUCUUUCUGUCGUGGGUCGGGAUAAAUUUGGUGUCUUUCCUCUGCGUGGCAAAGUGUUGAACGUACGUGAUGCUACCAACCAGCAAAUCAUGAACAAUGAAGAAAUCACGAGUAUCAAGGCCAUCUUGGGUUUGAAGCAUGGCAAAGAGUAUACAAGUGUGGAUGAGCUACGUUAUGGUAAACUCAUGCUCAUGACUGAUCAGGAUCAUGAUGGUUCGCAUAUCAAAGGUCUUUUGAUCAACUUUAUCGAUGUCAUGUUCCCUUCACUUCUGGAUAUUCCUGGAUUCUUGCUAGAGUUUAUCACACCCAUUAUCCGAUGUAAACAUAAGCGUACGAAACGUGAAAUUAGCUUUUUCACCAUUCCAGAAUAUGAAGCCUGGGCAGAGGAAAACAAUAGAAAUAAGGAAUGGCAACCCAAGUACUACAAGGGUCUGGGUACAUCAGACGCCACCGAUGCUCGAACCUACUUUAGUGCCCUCGAUAUACAUAAGAAGGAAUUCGAUGUGGCUUCAAGAGAAGAACGUGAGUUGGUGGACAUGGCCUUCAAUAAAAAGCGUGCGACGGAUCGUAAGACUUGGCUACAGACAUAUGAGCCGGGCAUUUACAUCGACCAUAACGUCAGCAAAAUCAAAAUUACAGAUUUCGUCAACCGUGAAUUAAUGCUGUUCAGUAUGGCCGACAAUAUUCGUUCUAUCCCAAGCGUAGUCGAUGGCUUCAAGCCCGGCCAAAGAAAAGUCUUGUAUAGUGGCAUCAAGAGAAACACCAAUUCUGAAAUCAAGGUGGCCCAGUUUGCCAAUUAUGUAGCGAGUGUUACUCAAUAUCAUCAUGGUGAAGCCAGUGUGGCAGCCACGGUCAUCAACAUGGCGCAGAACUUUGCAGGAAGUAACAAUAUCAACCUGCUCGUACCCGCCGGUCAGUUUGGUACACGUCAUUGCGGUGGCAAAAGCGCUGCCAGUCCCCGUUAUUUGUUCACGCGUUUGCAUAAAAUAGCUCGUUUCAUUUAUCAUCCUGACGACGAUGACUUGCUAGAUUACUUGAUUGAAGAAAGCAUGUCUAUUGAGCCCAAGUGGUAUAUUCCUAUUAUUCCUAUGGUGCUCGUCAAUGGUGCGGAUGGUAUUGGUACCGGUUGGAGUACCAACAUUCCCAACUAUAAUCCUAUGGAUAUCAUUGAUAAUUUGUUCAGAUUGAUGAAUGACGAGGAAAUUGUACCCAUGGUGCCGUGGUAUAGAGGGUUCAAGGGAGAAAUGAUACCGGCUGGUCCCGGUAAAUUCAUCACGAACGGUAAAGCAGAAGUGGAUGAAGCCACUGGCCAUAUCAAGGUGACAGAACUGCCCGUGCGUUUUUGGACGGAUACGUUCAAGAAGAAUCUCGAUAUCAUGCGUGAUGGAAAGGACAGAAAAGUUGAAGUUCAAAUUAUAGACUAUUUUAAUAACUCGACAGAUGUGGCCGUCGAAUUCCGUAUUGAUAUUGAUGAAGAAAACUUGCGCAAAGCAGAGAAAAUAGGAUUAACCAAAGCAUUGAAAAUAACAGAUAGCAUUUCCACAAAUAACAUUGUUUGCUUUGAUAAAGAUGGCAAGAUCAGAAAGUAUGAAUCGCCGGAAGAGAUUCUGAAGGAAUUCUACGAACUACGUUUAGAAUAUUACAGAAAGAGAAAGGAACAUUUAAUCUAUGUACUGACAGAUGAGUAUGAAAGACUUGAGAACAAGGCAAAGUUCAUCGAGCUUGUCAUUAAUAGAGAACUUACUUACUUCAACCGCAAGCACGAGGAUGUGGUGGCCGACAUGAAAAAGUUUGGAUUAAAGGAAAUUUUCCCUAGAAAGAAGAGCGCACUCGUAGUAGAGGAAGGCGCAGAACAGAAACCAGCUGAUGACGAAUCGGAAGACUCCUCGGGAUACAGUUAUUUGUUCGAUAUCAAGGUCCGUGAAUUUACUGCGCAAAAAGUGAUUGAUUUAACAAAGAAAAGAGAUUUGAAAUACGAAAUGCUCGAGGAAACGCGUGGUACUCCUCCUACAACGUUCUGGCGACGCGAUCUUGAGAAGCUAAAGAAAGAAUGGGAAAGCUUAUUAGAAGAAGAUGAGGAAAACGCCAAGCAGGCUAAACCAAUGGCUACUUCGCAAACUAAAAAGCGAAAGAGAACCCUAAAGCCUAAAGCACCCAAGACGGCCCCAAAAGCGUAAGAAAGUUUACCCCCAGCCCCCCACCAAACUUGGCUAUAAUACAGUAUUUUACCUUAUAUUUUAGACGAUUUACAAUUUUUAAUGGACAAUAUACAUUUUAAUUUUAGAUUUAUUAAAAAAUAUUUUUAGAAAAGUCCAUAAUAUUUUGGAUUUGGAUACUCAUUAUUCAGUGAUAUUCAAGCAGCAUUAAGGAUGACAUAGAAUCGAACCCUAGAAAUUAGUCUCUAUCAUAAAUGACGAUGUGUUCCGAGACCCCAACCAGAUAUUCGUUGGUACCUUUUUUGUACAAG